AUGGCAAUAUACGUGACAGAUCUCAAGGAGAAAGAUAUUCCUGGAGCAGUGAAAGCAGUACAAGAAGCGUUUGCGGGAGAUCCAUACAAUGAAUGGGUAUACGAUCAUAAGAAUUUCAAUCCCCAAAGGAAUUCAGUAUCCCUCAGUAUACGAAUGAGAUGGGGCAUGCGCAAUGGUAUUUUCCAUGUCGCCAAAGAAGAGGGUAGCGACAAAGUCCUUGGUGUUGUUAUGUGGUUACGUCCACAACCAGCAGAUCAAGCCCCCACGUGGAAUGACUGGCUUGAGAGUUGGCGACUCUACUUUGGGCAAAUGUGGAUGAACUUGGUCUAUGGGCGAGGAGGGCUUAACGUCACUAGAUACUAUAUCUGGAAGGACGCUCAAGCAAAGGUCCAAUCAGACGUUUGGAGAGACCCUCGAGGGUAUUACUUUCUUAACAUUAUGGUUGUUUUACCCGAGGCUCAAGGGAAAGGUGUUGGGGCGAAGAUGAUGAAGGUCGUGACUGAACAAGCUGACGCCGAGAACAUGAAGUGUUAUCUCGAGUCAAGUCGAGACAAACCUAAUGUGGCUAUCUAUGGUCGUUUUGGGUUCAAACUACAGACAGAGAUGAUUUGCGAUGAUGACGGGGAUGCCGUUAAGCUGUUUACUAUGGUCAGGGAACCCCAUGCAGAACCCAGCGAUGGGAGAUAA